UUGUUGCGUUUCCCUUCCUUCCCACAGGGUUACUGGUAUAUGCUGUUGGAAGAGCUUUGCCAGUGCUACUGUAAGGUGGUUCCUGCACCUGUUUGGUUUCGGUACUUCGUUGGCUUAAGAGAAUCCGAUGGCACCAUAGGGUGGAGUUUUGGCAUCCUGUUGGCUUUGCUGUAUCUUAUCCUAAAGCUUUUGAGUUUGUUUGCCCAUCUGAAAAACUUCAAAAGGAUCUUACGGAUAUUUUUUACAAGACCAAGCUACGGAGUGGUGGCCAGCAAGAGACAACGUGCUGACGCAGAUGAUCUGUGUGCUAUUUGUCAAGCUGAGUUUCAGAAGCCGGUUGUCCUCCUCUGCCAGCACAUAUUUUGUGACGAGUGCAUCGCCCUGUGGCUGAACCGAGAGAAGACGUGUCCCCUGUGUCGAACGGUCCUUUCCACGCACGUCAACAAGUGGUACGAUGGCGCAACCUCUGCACAAUUACAAGUCUAUUAAACAAACUAAAAAAUAAACUGGCUGUGUGCUUCACAGUAUGGACUCAUUUGAACGCCAAGCGUGCACGUGUUAAAAGAGGAUAUGACUGGAUGGAGAGAGGGAUACAGAAGGAAAAUAAGGCCUUGGGUUUCUCCACUGACUAUAUUUGAAUUCAUUCAGAUACCGAGCGUAUAUACUACUUAAUUUUCCAUAUGGAAUUAAUCCUUUCAAUGCUGCUUCUGGGAAAUUCUCAAACUUCUCUUUGAGUAUCAAAUGAUUAUUUUUACAGUCACUAGUCUGCCAAAUCAGCAACGGGAUACCUUUCUUGCAUCCAGUGUCAACAUCUGGUGCAUGCAAUCUUUAGAUUCGGCGCUAGACAAUCCGCCUUAUCGGAUUUGCACGUGUUUGGUUCCCUUGGGGAUGCUCUAACCAUUGGACCUGGCCAUCACAGGGCGAGAAUCAUGGAAUCAUUUCUGCUUUCCAUGUCCAUAAAGCUCAGACUUCAGUUAUGCAAACAUGGGUGAAGUUUUCUACAUUUUGUAAGUCUGAAUUUUAAAGAACAAAGGUUUUGCCCUAUAUUUUGUCAUAAGCAGCUAGAUUUUUACUAAAGAGGAAAGCUGUAUUUUAGUGAUCCUUUAAAAAAAAAUGUAGCGUAUAGUUGAUGAAAAUAAAUGCAGUUUGAAUCUUG